AUGGCCCCGGCUCCUUUCUCUUGCACGGUGCAUCCUUUCGAUUCCCGAACCUCCCACUCUAGCGCUUAUGAGAUCGGCCCAUCUGGAGCAUCAAACGCCCUUCUCUUCAUAGGAGGCCUCGCAGAUGGACCUCAUACUGUUGGCUACACCAAGGCCAUAGCCAAGCAUCUUGAGACAGCGGCACAAGACUGGUCUGUGUUUGAGAUUCGGAUGAGGAGCUCCUUUUCUGGCUACGGCUUUUCGAGCUUGAAGAACGAUGUUGAGGAUAUCUCGGCGCUGGUGAGGUAUCUCCGAGGUAUCGGAAAGAAAAAGAUUGUCCUUAUGGGCCACUCAACUGGAUGCCAGGACUGUAUGGAGUAUACCAAGCACAAGGAGGACCCUGUCGAUGGCUUCAUCAUGCAAGGUCCUGCAUCUGACCGGGAGUCUAUUGAAGACUUUGUCAAACCUGACUGGUUGAAGAAGAGCCUAGAGCACGCAGAGGGGCUGAUUUCCACUGGAAAGGAGGCCGAAGCGAUGCCCAAAGAUCUAGUACCAAGCUUUUUCUCGACACCUAUGACGGCCUACCGUUGGCACUCUCUGGCGGCUAAGGGGGGCGACGAUGAUUACUUCUCCUCCGACCUCAAAGAGUCGUUCGUCUCCGAGGUCUGGAAUCGUUUCCAGCAGCCCGUCAUGGUGCUACACUCUGCAGAGGAUGAGUUCGUGCCAGCCAAAAUCGAUAAGCAAGCUUUGAUCGACCUGUGGAAGAAGACAAACUCCAAUGUCCACGAGCUGUCUGGCUUGAUUCCCGGAGCAAGCCACACUGUGAAGAACCUGGAAUCCCAGCAGUGGCUUGCAGAACGUGUGGCUCAGUUCAUCCAGCAACUCGGUCGGAAGCUUCCAAAGUGCCUUAUCUUCGUUCGGAUCAACUCGUACACAACAUACUGUCGACCCUUUGAACUUGAUACCCGCACCGACAUCUCCCUUUCACCAACACCUUUACUUUCAUCCACAAUGUGCUUCGGAGUCACCUGCUCGACUUGCUCAAAGGCAACCUGGCGGGGCUGCGGCCAACACAUCCCGUCGGCGCUGAGCAGCGUCCCCGAGGAACAGUGGUGCACCUGCACGCCCAAGGUCACCGUCAACGGCAAGGAGUAUCCCCCGGCAGGCACUGUGUCGAUUCCCGGUAUGUCUUGGUUGACCGGCUUGUUUGGGGGCAAUUCGAAUGACAAGUCGAAGCAGGGCACUAAGGGAGAGCUGUGA